GUUUGUUGACAAACGCCUGUCACCCUUUCGGAGUCUGUCAGUUGGAAAGUUUGCGCGCUCAAUUUGUUGUUUUCGUCGUCGGUUGGAAAGGUGAUCAAACAAUCUUUAUUUUAACCAUCUAACACUCGAAACUCGAUCGUAUUAAAGUGUACAGCAACAAUGAAGUGCCAAAUUCCGGAAAUAUCAUGGCAUAACCGUGAUCCGGUGUUGAGCGUUGACAUCCAACCGAAAGGAGCGAACGAUCGUGAUCAUCAAUAUCGGCUGGCAUCCGGUGGGACUGAUUCGCAUGUGCUGAUCUGGUACAUGAUACAAAAUCCAGAGUGUGGGACGAUCAACUUGGAACUGGCGGCUGAUCUUACGCGACAUCAACGUGCGGUCAAUGCGGUACGAUGGUCACCUUCGGGGGAGCUGCUAGCAUCUGGCGACGACGAAAGUGUAAUAUUCAUUUGGAAGCAGAAAGGAGAGUCGGAAACGCUAAACAUUCUUGACACCACCAACGAUCAGGACAAGGAAACGUGGCUAACACUGAAGGUGCUUCGAGGACACAUGGAGGACGUGUACGAUCUAUCCUGGUCGGCCAACUCGCAGUUUCUUAUUAGUGGCUCGGUAGACAAUACAGCGAUCGUGUGGGACGUGCAGCGUGGCAAAAACCAGGCGAUUCUUCAAGACCACAAGGGAUUCGUUCAAGGUGUUGCCUGGGAUCCGCAAAAUAAGUACCUGGCCACGCUAAGCACGGAUCGAGUGUUUCGCGUAUACGACGUCAAAACAAAGCGUGUCGUGUCGAGGUGCAAUAAAUGUGUUCUGCCCGUGCCGCAGUCGCAUCCACUGAGGGACAAAACCGUUCGGCUGUUUCACGACGAUACGCUGCAGACAUUCUUCCGGCGUUUGUGCUUCAGUCCUGAUGGGAAUCUGAUCGUUGCGCCAUCUGGAGUUGCCGAGAUCGAAGGUGUUUCAAAGCCUCUGCACACGACCUACAUUUUUACGCGAAACUCUCUCCGACAGCCCUGCUUCACACUUCCUUCGCCUGAUCAGUACUCGGUGGCUGUGCGCUUCUGCCCAGUGUACUUCCAGCAUCGUUCACAUGCAGAAAAUAAACCACCGCUUGUGCCACUCCCGUACAGAAUGGUGUUCGCGGUGGCUACGAAAAGUUCCGUCUAUCUGUACGAUACGCAACAGGCCGCCCCGUUUGCUCUGAUAUCCAACAUCCAUUAUACUCGGCUUACGGACAUGGCGUGGUCAUCCGAUGGAAAGAUACUUAUAGUGUCAAGCACGGAUGGCUUUUGUUCGCUGAUAUUUUUCACUGAUGGUGAGCUGGGAAAGGUAUAUGAAGCUCCAGCGAUAGAAGCACCCGCUGCAGACAAUACCAGUACACCUCCAAAACCAUCCGAUUCCACCAAGGAUGCAAUUACUAAAACACCAUCUCCACCGAAGCAAUCGCAGGUUGAAAAAGACGAUGUGAAGAAAGACGUAAAACCGGCACAACCGAUCGCGUUUAGAAGGAAGCCAAAACCGGAAGAAAAUCAAGCGAAGGACAGCGAUCUUCCCAAGACGCCACCAUCCGGUGAAAAGCCUGUGCAGCCGGUGGAGUUUGUCAUAGAAAAGGAUAAAAUAAUCAGCAGCCAAGAAAAGUUCGAUAGCCCUGCGAAAAAGGAUCGCCCAGUUACGCCAAUUGCUGUGCGGAGGCACCCAAGAACACUGUCGGACAAAAAGGACGAUUCACCACAAAAUCCUGCGCUGGCCUCGUCAGCUUCAUCGGUGGGAAAGAAUUCUCCCAAACCCAUCGCAAUCCGUCGACAUCCACGAACACUGGAAACUGGUGCGGCGAAACCUACCGCUGAACCGACCGCAGAGGAAGAUGCCAACGAUACAUGGCCAAUCGAUCAACCGAAGCCGGCUGCUGCCAAUGGUGUAACGAAACAGCAGCUGCUUCCACAGCCUUGCCCGAUGGAAACUGACCAAACGGAAGACAUAGUGCUGUUGGUAGAAUCCGACGGGGAAGAUGAAGCGGUUCUCGCUCCUCCUAAGAACGAGCCAACGAAGGAGCCGGAUUCCGACGCACCGAAAACACCGCGACGGGUUGAGUUCCGAACGAUAUCGACGCCGAAAUCAAAAAAGAAACUUUUAUGAGCGACGCUGUGUAAGGCAGGCAAAAGAGGGCGUUUUCUCGUGGGAAGAAGGUAGCCCGGAUUUGUGUUUAUUUAAGCAUAUGUGCUAUCAUGAUUUAUUAUUAUAACCUAUUACAAUUUACAAUUCAGUAGUAACCAAUAAGCGGUGAGCGGA